AUGGAACUGGGAAUAGUACAGAUGAAUGGAAAUAUGACGCGUCUGAAUGCGGACAACAAUUCCACAGUUGGUCAACUGAAGCAGCUGAUUUCGCAAAACUUAAAUGUUAACCCUCCUCAACUAAAGCUGUCUGCUAAUAAUGGUGAUCAACGACACAACCUUGAUGAUGAUUCCAGAACCCUCAGCAGUUACAACCUGCACUCAGGGUCCACAGUGAUGGUCCUUGUCAAGAAACCUAUACAGGUGUUUGUCAAGAAUGAGAAGGGCAAAACACAUACCUAUGAUGUUGAUGCUGAUGAGAAAGUAGAUGAUCUCCAGGAGAAGAUCUCCAACAAAGAUGGGACCCCGACAAAUCAACAGAGGCUCAUUUGCGAUGGUAAACAACUGGAGCCCGGCAAGAUGCUGCAAGAAUACAACAUCACAUCUGGAAGCACCAUUUACAAAACUCUUCGUCUCCGAGGAGGUGAUCAUUCACUGAUGUAACUUUAAUGCAGCUAUUAUAUAUAUAUAU